UGCAUAAAAGCAGGCGAUGAGAUGAUGAGACUAAAGAAACCCUGCAGGAAGAAAGAGGACGCCUUCUUUGUCUUGCAGCUGCUUUUUUAGUUUCUCCUUUGCAUAAAUUAAUAAAUAAUCCUACAAGAAAACAAUGCAGAAUCUGAACCGAUCAACAGUGGAAGACACCAAACCUUCUCCUGCAGAGCUGAAACUGAAGGAGAACCGUCAGUUUAAGAGCAAAGCUCCCAAACCAGGACAGAAAAGCUUCGAGGGCAGCUUGCCAGGGAUGGAGGGCUUUGAAGAUUCUGGGCUGAUCUGUCCGUGGGAGGAAUUUGGUGACAUGGAGCUGAGUGAAGUAGCUCAGUUUGGAACAGUCUAGAACCUCCAGAGGGAUGAAGAUUCGACCGGAGAACUUCUAAACAUGCUGAUGAAAAUGUGUUUGCAACAAAUGUUUCUACAGCAGCAAAUCAGGAUGCAUCCAUAAAACUGUCCUAAUUUACAUGAUUCUGUAAACAACAACAUGCUUCAUAAUCUCUGAUUAGUAAGCAUUAAAAUUAUUAUGGAGACGAGACAAAAGUUUUACCUCCAGAAGGAAAAAAACAUUCAUUUAUUUUUUUUCUUCUGAUUUUUACAUAUUAGAAAAGUUUUGUAAUAAAAUUUCCCUGAUCAAUGAGUUUUCUGUGUUUCAUUGUUAAAAUUGGAAAUCAGUCAGAGUCACAUCCUAAAUAAAAAGUAAACACGCAUCAGAACUGCUGACUCACCAUUUAAACUCUUUCUUUCCUUCUUCAACUUUCUUCCAAACAUGUUUUUAUUUUUCCUUCUUAAUAAAAUAAUUUGGAUUUUUAUGUGUCUAUAUUUUUGUUUUUAAAAUUGCUUGGUUGCAUCAACAGCCUGCUGCUAGUCGAGGGCUGCGAAAAAUCUCAGAGGGUCACAAACGGCCUUAUAGAUCUGCUCAGCUCCAUGAUUUCUGCAGACACACUAUUUUGCAUGUUAUUUUCUCACACACCAAACAUGGUCUCACAUUGUUAUGGAAACGUUACAUUUGAUUACCUUAGUCCUAUUAACAGACCUAUUAACUGAAUGUCCUGAAAGCAUUCACACACACACACACACACACACACACACACACACACACACACACACACACACACACACACACACACACACACACACACACACACACACACACACACACACACACACACACACACACACACACACACACACACACACACACUCUCUCUCUCUCUCUCUCUCUCUCUCUCUCUCUCUCUCUCUCUCUCUCUCUCUCUCUCUCUCUCUCUCUCUCU